GCCUUUUUAAGGUUCUUCACGCUGAGGACAAUGCUCCUCACGCUGAGGACAAGGUUCCUCACGCUGAGGACAAUGUUCCUAACGCUGAAGACAAGGUUCCUCACGCCGAGGAUAAGGUUUCUCACACCGAAAACAAGGUUCCUCACGUUGAGAACCAGGUUCCUCACGCUGAUGAGGACAAGGUUCUUCACCCCGAGGACAAGGUUCCUCACGCCGAGGACAAGGUUCCUCAAGCUUAGGACAAGGUUCCUCACGCUGAGGACAAAGUUCCUCGCGUUGAGGACCACGUUCCUCACGCUGAGGACAAGGUUCUUCAUUCUGCAGACAAGGUUCUUCACUUUGAGGAGAAGGUUUUUCACUCUGAGGACAAGGUUCCUCACACUGAGGACAAUGUUCCGCAUUUUGAGGACAAGGUUCUCCACUCUGAGGAGAAGGUUCUUCACUCUGAAGAUAAGGUUCUUCACUCUGAGGCAAGGUUCUUCACACUGAGUACAAGGAUCUUCACUCUGAGGACAAGGUUCUUCACUCUUAGGACAAGGUUCUUUACUCUGAGGACAAGGUUCUUCCCUCUGAGGACAAGGUACUUCACUCUGAGGACAAGGUUCUUCACUCUGAGCACUAGGUUCGUCACUCUGAGGACAAGGUUCUACACUCCGACGACAAGGUUCUUCACUCUGAGGACAAGGUUCUUCACUCUAAGGACAAGUUUCCUCACUCGUAGAACAAGGUCCCUUACUCUGAGGACAAGGUUCUUCACUCUGAGAACAAGGUUCUUCACUCUGAAGACAAGGUUCUCACUCGUAGGACAAGGUUCCUCACUCUGAAGACAAGGUUCUUCACUCUGAGGAAAAGGUUCUUCACACUGAGGACAACGUUCCUCAUUUUGAGGACAAGGUACUUCACUCUGAAGACAAGUUUCUUCACACAGAGGACAAGGUUCUUCAAAAUGAGAACAAGGUUCUUCACUCUGAGGACAAGGUUUCACACUUUGAGGACAAGGUUUUUCACUCUGAGGACAAGGUUCUUCACUCUGUGGAUAAGGUUCUUCACUCUGAGGCCAAGGUUCUUCACCCUGAGGACAAGGUUCUUCACUUUGAGGACAAGGUUCUUCACCCUGAGGACAAGGCUCUUCACUCUGAGGACAAGGUUCUUCACUCUAAGGACAAGGUUCUUCACUCUGAGGACAAGGUCCUUCACUCUGAGGACAAGGUUCUUCACUCUGAGGACAAGGUUCCUCACUUUGAGGACAAGGAUCCUCGUACUGAGGACAAAGUUGCUGACACUGAGAAAAAGGUUCCUCAGUCUGAGGACAUGGUUCUUCACUCUGAGGACAAGGUUCCUCACACUGAGGACAAGGUUCCUCACUUUGAGGACAAGGUUCUCCACUCUGAGGACAAGGUUCUUCACUCUGAAGAUAAGGUUCUUCACUCUGAGGGCAAGGUUCUUCACACUGAGGACAAGGUUCUUCACUAUGACGACAAGGUUCUUCACUCCGAGGAUAAGGUUCUUCUCUCUGAGGACAAGGUUCUUCACUCUGAGGACAAGGUUCUUCACUCUGAGUACAAUGUUCUUCACUCUGAGGAUAAGAUUCUUCACUCUGAGGGCAAGGUUCUUCACACUGAGGACAAGGUUCUUCAUUCUCAGGACAAGGUUCUUCACUCUGAGGACAAGGUUCUUCACCCUAAGGACAAGGUUGUUCACUCUGAGGACAAGCUUCUUCACUCUGAAGACAAGGUUCUUCACUCUGAGGACUAGGUUCUUCACUCUGAGGACAAGGUUCUUCACUCUGAGGACAAGGUUCUAUACUCUGAGGACAAGGUUCUUCACUCUGAGGACAAGGUUCUUCACUCUAAGGACCAUGGUCUUCACUCUGAGGAAAAGGUUCUUCAUUCUGAGGACAAGGUUCUAUACUCUGAGGACAAGGUUCUUCACUCAGAGGACAAGGUUCUUCACUCUGAGGACUAGGGUCUUCACUCUGAGCACAAAGUUCUUUACUCUGAGGACAAGGUUUUUCACUCUGAGGACAAAGUUCCUCACCUUGAGGGCAAGGUUCCUCACACUGAGGACAAGGUUGCUGACACUGAGAACUAGGUUCUCCACUCUGACGACAAGGUUCCUCACUCUGAGGACAAGUUUCUUCGUCCUCAGGAGAAGGUUCUUCGCUCUGAGGACAAGGUUCCUAACACUGAGGACAAGGUUCUUCACUCUAAAGAGAGGGUUCUUCACUCGGAGGACAAGAUUCUUCACUCUGAGGAUAAGGUUCCUCACACUGGGGACAAGGUUCCUCACUUUGAGGACAAGGUUCUCCACUCUGAGUACAAGGUUCUUAACUCUGAGGAUAAGGUUCUUCACCCUGAGGGCAAGGUUCUUCACACUGAGGACAAGGUUCUUCAUUCUCAGGACAACGUUCUUCACUCUAAAGAGAGGGUUCUUCACUCGGAGGACAAGAUUCAUCACUCUGAGGAUAAGGUUCCUCACACUGGGGACAAGGUUCCUCACUUUGAGGACAAGGUUCUCCCCUCUGAGUACAAGCUUCUUCACUCUCAGGAGAAGGUUUUUCACUCUGAGGACAAGGUUCUUCAUACGGAGGACAAGGUUCCUGACUCUGAGGACAAGGUUCUUCCCUCUGACGACAACUUUCCUCGUUCUUAG